GGCUUAAAGCGAAGCCCGCAGCUGCUUCCAGAUUUGUUUGGGUGGUUUCGUCCUUCUGCCCGCGCCGAUGGGCUUUAAGCGUUCCGCUCGGCAAGUUUCUCCUUUUCCUUUCCGUCUCACUUCGGAGAUUUUGUGUUUCUGGUACUGAAAAGCAAAUCAGCUUCCUAGAAACGUUAUAUGAAAUUCUGAUAAGAUUCUAAAAUGGCAACAGAUGUCAAGAAUAAUGAGUUUGAAGAUGCCAGUAUAACAGAGCACAUCCUGAUAGAUCAAAGCUUAUUACCUCCUAUAGUUGCUGAAUACGAUAAACAUCUUGGGGAAAUGAAUGAACAACUGAAAUACUGCCAGACGCAGAUGAAAGAAAUGAGGAUAAAACUUGAGCAAGUCAUCAAAGAAAAUGAAAGAUUGCAUGAGGAGUUAAAAGAAGCAAUUGAAAAGCAGUUGGAAGCUCUGCCAUCUGGUUCUGUUUCAAGGGAUGCUACAUUUAUGGAUGAAAACGUAAUAAGAAACCUUCAAGAACAGUUGCAACUAGCAAAUAAAGAAAAAGAACAUGUUCUAGAACUUUGGCAAAUGGUUUCACAGGAAUUGGAGCGACUUCAACAGAUAUACCAAGAACACAUGACAGAAGCACAAAUUCAUAUUGUGGAAAGGCAGAAGCAAAAAGAUCAAUUGACAAGCUUUCAACAGAUAACAAAACAACUGCAUUUAACUAAGGAAAAAACUGAGUCAAUUAAUCAGGUAUUUCUGAAAACGGUAACAGAACAAAAUGUAGAGCUGGAACAGCUGCGCAAGCAACAAAGACAAUCCAAAUUGGACUUGAGAACAACAAUUGCAAAAGCUGAUGAAAUGAUGAGACUUGUUGAGGAACUUCGCAGUCAGUUAAACAGAAAGGAAAAAGAGGUCCUAGCUGCUCGUAAAAAAGAAGAGGCAUCAGAUAAACGCUUGCAAGAAUUGCAGUCAAGCAUAAAACAAUUGGAGACAAGACUUUGUAUAGCUACAAAAGAUUCCAAACAGCUAAGAUCAGAAAGAACAAAUCUUGAAGAAAAAAUUCAGGAGCUGCAAGCAAAGUGUAUGAAUAUAGAAGAAGAGAAGUAUGAUGCUGUAGCAAAAGUCCGAGACAGCGUGCAACUCAUAGAAGAAGCUAAUCUUCAGAAGAAUCAGGCAAUGCUAUCAGAGAAACAAAAAGAAGAGGAAAUUGAAAAUAUGAAACACGCUGUUUCUCAGCUGCUUCAAGAUGCUGCUUUAAGAACAAGGAAAGAAGUAGAAAACGAAAGGAAACGAUACAAUAUUCAAAUUUCACGUUUAACAGAAGAACUUACUACACUUCAGAUGGAAUGUGGAGAAAAGCAAAGCGAACUAGAGCGAGCCAUUAGAGAAAAAAGAGCAGUUGAAGAAGAACUAGAGAAAGUGUACUGUGAAGGUAGAGGAAAUGAAGCUGAUUAUAGAAAACUAGAAGAGCUUUACCAGAGAUGUUUGAAUGCCGAACGUACAAAAGAUGACCUUCAUCUUAGUUUGCAAACAGCACAAAACAAAAUUAAGCAACUGGAACUGAAAUAUGAAGAAGAGAGAUGCCGUUGCCAAGAAAAUAUGUGCAAGCUGCAAAGUAUUUUGGAUUCUGAAAGGGAGAAAUGUGGAGCUAUAAGUGAAGAGCGCUUAAAACUGCAACAAGGGAAUGAACAACUUCAAAAAGAAAUGGAAAACUUGAAAAAGCUCACAAUGGAGGCACAACAUACUGCAAAAUUAAAGAUAAGUACAAUGGAGAACGAACUUUUAUUAAAAGAACAUGGGUUUGAAAUUCGACUGAAAGAGAUGGAAGAUGUAAGUCAAAACUCAGUAACUGAGCUUAGACGCCUGUUGAUGGCUCAACAAAAAGCAACAAAUCGCUGGAAGGAAGAAACAAAGAAAAUAACAGAAAUAACUGAAUCCAGAAUAAAUAGUCUAAAAACUGAGCUGAGUCGUCAAAAGCUUCACACCCAAGAUUUAGUUUAUCAACUGGAAAGAGCAAAUGAAAAGGUUAUUGAGAGUGAAAAAUUAAUGAGGGAAUAUCAAGAAAAAGUCAACCGACUUCAAAGUCGACUAAAUCAGGCAGAAGAGAGGGCAACUACAGCAUCUCAAGAGCUCAGUGCCAUAACAUUGCAGAAGAAAAAGGCCGCCUACUUGAUAGAGCAAAAAGAAAUGUAAAGUAAUAUGUCCUUUCAUAGUGUAUAAGUACAGGUUGCCUAAGAAAAGUACCUUUGGAGCCUUAGAAUGUAUCAUGUAGAAUAUUUUCCAGAAAAUACUUCAUUGCUUUAUAAAACAAAUGUGUUUUCCCUAUUCAAAACAAACAUUAAGCAAAUAGCUGUGAAAAUGUGUAAAAAAAAUCUACAAAGUUUAGUUUUGAAAAUUAGAAGUGUACACUGUUGAUUUGGAUUUUUCGAAUCUAUACAACUGAUUUACUAGUUAUUUAACUUUCAGCUGUUGGUAUAUGUAUUGAUCUGAAAAUAAUGUUCUAUCCAUUCAUACAAUAUUGCUGAAUUGCUGCUUACUGUUUGAAAAGUACACAGACUUGGGAUGUCAGAUUAUACAACUAGCAAAACUAAUUCUUACUUGGCAUUUAAAUUACUGAAAAAGUAGAAAUUCCAAUUAUAGCAAUUGUUUAGCUGUUCUAUAACAAUAAUUAGAAUGUUACCACAUUGUCAUAACAUGGACCAAAUUAUCUACAUUAUCUUGGAAAGUCCAUGAGUUUUCAAGAUGGAAAAAUUUAACAUAUAUUUGAAACUCCUCCUUUGGUUAGGUACAAGGAAUACAUGAAACAGAAAAAAAUAAAUUUUGUGUAGAGUUAGAUAAAAUAAGGUCAGACCGGGCAGUGCUCAAAGAAAUUGAAAAAAAACCCCCAAGAGUUACAUCUUGGACUCUACAGGCAUCAGUUAGCAUACUAAAUGUUGAAGUUCAUAAUACUACAAUUAGAAAUGGACAAACAAGUAUGCUUCUUUGGAAGGGUUGUCAGGAGAAAGCCUCUUCUCACUAAAAAGAACAUGGCAGCAUGGCUUAGUUGCAAAGUUGCAUCUGAGCAAAUCACAAGGACUUCUGGAACAUUGUUCUUUGGACAGAUGAGACCAAAGUGCCAAUAUCUGCCACAUUUGGCAAAAACCAAAUACAGCAUAUUAGCACAAACAUCUCAUACCAAUCAUCAAGCAUAGUGGAGGGGUGAUUAUUUGGGCUUGUUUUUCAGCCACAAGACCUGGACACCUUGCAGUCAUUGAGUUGACUAUGAACUCUUCUGAAUAUCAAAGUAUUCUAAGUUAAAUGCGAAGCCAGCUAUCUAACAGUUAAAGCUUGGCCAACAUUAGAUCAUGCAACAGGACAAUAAUUCCAAGCUCACCAGCAAAUCUACAACAGAAUGUCUGAAAA